AUGACGACUGAGGACCCCAAUCGGCGGUUCGUCUACCAACUUGAAGGCACAGGUCUCAGUCUUGUCGUGGUUUCGAUUGUUGGUGGCGUCGUGUCUUUGAUUGUGGUUGGCCUGAGGACGUUAAUUCGACUUCAAGCAAAGACCUUCAGCUGGGACGAUGGCUUGAUGCUCGGUGGUUUGGUCAUUUACCUCGUUGACGUCGCCCUCGCCUGCAUGGGUGCGUGGAGCGGCCUGGGCACGCGUAAUGCAGACCUCAGCCCAGUGAUGUUGGUCGAAUCGAUUAAGUACUUGAUGAUCUGGAUGUUGCUCUACGUGGCAGUAUUAUGUACGGUCAAAACGUCGAUUUGCAUCACCACUCUGCGGAUCGCCACCACAAUGCCUAAGCUUCGACUUGCCGUCUGUAUCUUGAUGGGACUUACAAUCGCCACAUUCUUAACCACUUUCAUUGGAAUCUUGCUGUUGUGCCGCCCCGUGGCGGCCAAUUGGGAUACAAGCAUCUUGCUCGAGGGUCGCGGCAAGUGUUCUCCAGUCAGCUCCAUGCUGGCCUUAUCGUACACUUCAACUGUCAGCACCAUCGCUACGGACCUCGCCUGUGCCGUUCUCCCAGCUAUCAUCCUCUGGCAGACGCAAAUGAAGCUCUCAACGAAGAUCAUGGUCUCUUUCGUUCUUUCUUUUGGCUCUUUUGCUUCAAUCUCGACGAUGAUACGCACUCCAUAUAUCGACCAUUACAACCGUCCGCUCGACGACCUUGCCUUCCACAUCGCCAACAUCCCUCUUUGGUCCAACGUCGAGACUGCCAUCGGCUUCAUCGCCGGCUCCCUUCCUGCCUUGAGACAAUGUUUCUUGCGCCAUCGUUCGCCACGACCCACAACAUUGGGUCAGACUGACGCCUCCCAUGGCCUCCCUCCAGGGUCAGUUGGGCUCGUUACCAUCGGCGGCUCUGGAGUGACGUCCAAGAGCAAGAGUCGCAAAGGCACGAAUUAUGAAGACGACAAUGCAGGGCAGGGGGAUUGGACGCGCCUUGAUGAGGACAGCGUCUCGGAGAAAAGCAGCACUGCGCCUGUCCGAGGGAUUCGUAAGGAAAUGACUUUCGAAGUGUCGUCGCUGCCGGGGCAAAAGAAAGGCCGCGGAAAUAACUAG